AGAAAAAAGAAAGAUGUGGUUUCCGUCUCCUCCUUUCCCUUCCCUUCCCCUCCCUCCUUGAACUAUACUUGGUACCUGAGCUUUACAGCUCUCGUAUUCAAGAGUUCCAAAAGACUUUAUUAUCAAGUCUACUUGAUUCCUGGCUGAGGGUUUCUUUCCCGACGUCGGUACAACUUUAAAUUUUGCGCCGUUGAGAUAUACGCGUACCUCUUUCCAUUCCCAACACCAUGUUCGGAGGAGUCGAGUCCGAUCUCGAAAAAGCCCCCCAGGUGGGCAAAACGCCCAUGGAUGACAGCAGCGAUGGCGCUGUCCCUGGGGAGAGUUUUAUGUACGGCAAUUCGCUGUACGCUAAGCUGCAACGGUUGGCGGGGAAGCUCAAUAUUGAGCAGCGAGGUGUCGAACGUGUCCCGGACAAUGAACGGACUGACACGUCGUACUUCAAUAUCAGCAGCAUGUGGCUGGCGGCCAACAUGGUGAGCAGUUCUUUCGCUAUCGGCGUGCUUGGUUACUCCACCUUCGCUCUCGGCUUCGUCGAUGCCAUCCUCGUCUGCUUCUUCUUCAACCUGCUGGGUGUCUUGACUGUCUGCUGGUUCUCCUGCUUUGGUCCCGCCUUCGGUCUGCGCCAGAUGGUGCUUUCCCGGUUCUGGUUUGGUUACUGGCCUACCAAGAUCAUUGCUCUUCUGAACGUUCUCUCCUGUUUGGGCUGGUCCGCCGCCAACUCCAUCGUCGGCGCCCAGCUUCUCAAUGCUGUGAACUCCGACGUUCCUGGAUUUGCAGGCAUCUUGAUCAUCGCCAUCUGCACCCUCUUCGUCACCUUCGCCGGAUACAAGGUCGUCCACUUGUACGAAUACUACAGCUGGAUCCCCACCUUCAUUGUCUUCAUGAUCGUGUUCGGAUUGUUCGCCCACUCCGGUGACUUCAGAAACCUCCCCAUGGGAACUGGAACCUCUGAGCUCGGCUCUUGCCUGUCUUACGGUGCGACUGUCUAUGGUUUCGCCACUGGCUGGACCAGUUACGCCGCCGAUUACACCGUCUACCAGCCCGCGAACCGCAGCCGCCGUAAGAUCUUCUUCGCCGCCUGGGGAGGUCUGAUCCCCCCUCUUCUCUUCACCCAGUUCCUGGGUAUUGCCGUCAUGACCGCCACUUCCAUCAAUGGCGGAGACAACAAGUACGCCCGUGGUUAUAGCGAGUCUGGAAACGGAGGUCUUCUGGGCGCUGUCCUUGACCCCGUUGGCGGAUUCGGCAAGUUCUGUCUGGUGAUUCUGUCUCUGUCCAUCAUCGCCAACAACUGCCCCAACAUCUACUCCGUCUCCUUGACCCUCCAGGUCCUGAGUCGCUACUCCCAGCGCGUUCCCCGUUUCAUCUGGGUCCUCCUCGCCUCUGGUGUCUCCAUCGCCGUCGCCAUCCCCGGUUAUUCCCACUUCGAAGAGGUUCUGGAAAACCUGAUGGACUUCAUCGCCUAUUGGCUGGCCAUCUACUCCGGUGUCGCUCUUGCCGACCACAUCGUUCGCCGUGGUUUCUCCGGAUAUCGCCCCGAGACAUAUGACAAGCCCAACAAGCUGCCCUAUGGUAUCGCCGCUUGCAUCUCCUUUGCUUUCGGUGUCGCAGGUAUGGUCACGGGCAUGAGUGAGACGUGGUACACUGGUCCCAUCGCCAAGCAUGCUGGUAAUGGUGAUGUCGGUUUCGAGUUGGCUCUUCUCUUUUCUUUCGUCGUGCAUUCCGUUCUGAGACCCAUUGAGCUGAAAAUGCUGGGUCGGUAAAUGCGUUUCUUUUUCUUCAUGUCGAUUUUUCUACCUUUUCUUUAUCUUGUUGGUUAAAAACAAGGGUAUGUGUUUGGGAUACAGAUUUUUGGGUUGGACUUGGUUGUUAUGCAUGUCUCCUUUGGGAAUCGACGAUGGAUGAUGAUGUCGGUUCCGUGGUACGGAACCUGUCUGGCUGCUUUCCAUGAUGUUGGCUGGACUUUUAUGUAUAUAGAUGUAAUCCUUGAUCUUAAUAUACCAUUCCGUGCAGAUGUGCCGGAGAUGAAUGAAAUAUGCAGAAGUGUGUCUGAAAGAUAUCGUGAUCUAUUUGUUACCAUAAACUGAAAAGUACUACCAUGUUUUCUUCAACUAUGUGACUAACUACUCCGGAUUCUUGUAUGAUUUC